AUGGUAGAUGUCACCCCAAAGUGGCACCAUGUAAAGGAUUACUACAAAUUCCAGUGCUUAUCUGGGAUAAACCCGGGGACUACAUAUUUCUCUCUUUUUUUUUCCCUUAAACAGAAAGAAAAUGCUCUUGUGAAAAUAGACGAGCUAGGAGUUGAGCUUACAAAGAUCAGGGAUGAAGUCGCCAUCAACACAGCGAGAUGUCAGAAACUACAAAAUGAGAAGGAGGAUCUGGAGAGGCGCUUAGAGGAGGAGGCGAGAAAGCUUCGCUGGCAGCAGAAGGAGGAGCUGCAGGAUCUGGAGCAGCGUUUACGUGAGGAUUACAGCACCAAGAUGGAGAGCCUGCAGGAGCAGCACAAGCUGCAGCUGGAUCUCAUCAAGUCUCAGCAUCUGCACCAGGUGUCCGACAUCAUAGAUGUCCACCAAGCUUCAGUGUUAAAGCUGGAAAACAACCACGCCGUCGCCCUUGCUGUACUGCAGGAUGAGCACAACCGUGAGAUCCGAGAACUGGUUGCUGCUCACGAACUGGAGAAAACACAAUUAAAGGAAAAUUUUGAAAAGCUGCGGCUGUCGCUCCAGGACCAGAUAGACACCCUCACCUUCCAGAACCAGUCCCUGAAGGCCAAAGCAGACCGAUUUGAAGAGGCUUUGAAGAAAAACACUGAGGAACAGCUGAAGAUUGCGCAAGCUCCGUAUCUGCACUUAGAAGAAGAUCUGAAGAGCUUAAAACAUGUUCUGGAAUUGAAGAACCAUCAGAUUCAUGAACAGGAGAAGAAGAUUAUGGAGCUGGAAAAACAAGCUGAGAAAAAUUUAAUCCUGGAAGAAAAAAUCACUGUGCUGCAACAGCAGAAUGAAGAACUCAGAGCCAGGAUUGAGCAGAACACCGUCAUAACAAGACAACUGUCGGAGGAGAAUGCCAACCUCCAAGAAUAUGUUGAGAAAGAGGUGGAGGAGAAGAAGCGGCUGAGCAGAACAAACGAGGAGCUGCUCUGGAAACUGCAAACAGGAGACACUGUCAGCCCUGUGAAAUCCCCCCCAGCAUCAUCCACAUCACUUUAUCGCUGCUCUUCAGGGAACUCCUCGCCAGCCAAAGCCAGAACCGUGCGACGGUGAUCCAUCAUGGCCCUCUGCCUCGGUCAUGUUUCCAGCUGCUGAACCUCACACCCAAGGAAGUACCACCAUCAUCAGGUGCCAGAGCUCGUGGCUGCAAGCAUGCUCCCUGGCUGCAUAGCUUCACACUAGGCAGGGCUCUUCGAGAGACCUCAGAUAGGAGCUCAUGGUUUUGACACGUUCAUUACAGUAGCAGGGAGGAUAGUGAUAAGUUAGGAUAGCAGUAAGGUAGGCUAGCAAAAGGUUUAGCUUAGUAGGAUAAUGAUUUCACUGUUGUUAGAGCCAGCUGUUGGAAAAUGCUAUAUCACAGGUUCAUUGGGAUGGACUGCUGCUGCAGUACUUCAGGUUAGUCUCAAAUAGAGUUCCAGUUGUGAACAUUUCUGUAUAUGUGUCUGUGUUUAUAUACAUGUAUGUACUGUACCUUUAUACCUAUAUAUAGACGCACACACAUAUGUAUGUAGUUGAAGAUGUUCUGAAUUGCAUUUUUUUAUACUCUUGGAUACUAAGUGCUGAUCUAUUUUCAUUACAGUCAGCGGUUUUCUAA